GGUCUCCCGUAGCUAAUAAUAUUACACUGGUUUUCAUUCAAGCAAGGUGGGCAAAGCACUGGAAUUGUGGUUGAAAUACGGGUUGCCUCACCCAACACUACACCUUACACCUGGAUUUGAUUUGAUGAGAACGCCAUUGGAAUAGUUUACAGAAAACGUGUGAGUUUUAUUCCAAGUUCUAAGGCGACGAAACACAGAAGUUGCCGAAAUGGAUAGAGAAAUUGAGUAUUCGACCGAGGUGACGAAAAUAUACCACACAAACUAUGUACGAAAUUCACGUGCAGUUGCAGUGUUAUGGGCCAUAUUUACCAUUUGUUUUGCCAUUCUGAAUAUCGUGGCUUUUAUUCAACCCCAGUGGAUCGGGGAUACGGGAGAAAGUAACAAGGCCGGCUUUUUCGGGCUAUACCAAGCUUGCGAAGAGAAUUCUGGUUCUAAUGAUUUCGAGUGUACGGGAGACUUUAUCCAGUUUGAUACAAUUCUGAACGGUUCAUUUCGAGCCGCCGCUUUCUUCGUUGGUGCCUCGGCGCUGUUGUUCCUCAUCUGCUGCUUGUGUCUGAUUCUGUUCCUGUUCUUGAACACCGCUACUGUUCUGAGAAUCUGUGGAUGGCUCCAGGUGAUCGGCGCUCUCUUCCUCAUCCUUGGCUGCAUCGUCUACCCCAACGGCUUCGACUCCCGCCUCGUCCAGGACAUCUGCUCCAACAGUGGAAGUUACGAUAUCGGUACCUGUGGAAUGCGAUGGGCGUAUAUUCUUGCUAUAGUGCUGAUCUUUGAUGCUGUGAUACUGGCUACGCUAGCGUUCGUUCUGGCAGCCAAACAAGCUAAGCUCUUACCGGAGGUGUAUGGGAAGAAAGAGAAAUCUGGAAAAUAGAUAUUCACUGAGAUGAAUGGAUUUGCUAGCGACACUCUCUCCAAGAGAUCUGGCUUCCCUCCCUUGUCCGAGGACAGAUAUUCGGAAUAUUCCCAUCGCUCAGAGAAGUCCAAGCGUUCCAACCAUUCCAGCAGAAUUGUGUAAAGUGUAUAUAUCAGAGUAUAUCAAUAUAUCAAUGGACUAGAUACCGCACUGUGACUGUCGACCUUGUGACCUGCAAAGAAACAACAUCAGAAGUUCAACUCCCAGCAUGCAGCAUUGUACACGUCCAAACUGAUACCAGAGACAUUGCGCCAGGAACCCUGAACAAAUCAGAUAUUGUGUAUGAUUCCGAUCUAUGGCAGGUCUGUAUGUGGCUGAUUGUCUAUGUCAUGACAAAAAUGUUCCCGUCUCAUUUCGCCAUGACCUAUUAUGGACAUGAUGUUCUUCUUGUCAUGAUGUCAUGUUUCUGCGAUGUCAUCAAUGGAUGCGCAACUGUCUAUUUUUGUGGUUCGUUCUUGGUUACCCCAUUACUAAUUCAGCCCUAAACACCAUUGAAUAUCGUUGGUAUCUUUACAGAAUUGGGAUAAUAAUAUUCAUCCAAGAUGGCCACUUUAUCUACCAUAGACACAUAUCACAGAUCUGCCAUAGGUUUACCCUUACAAAUAAAACUUAAUACAUUUUGUGUAGAAAUUUACAAGUCAUCAAAUGCAUAUUUGUAAAAUGAAAUAGUAAAUAUGCUGCAAGAGUGAUGUUUUGAGAAAACUGAAUGUUUUGUAGUAAUAUGAUGUUGAUUGCACAAGUAGUAUUUCUUACUACCACAACAUGACCAAGUUUCUGUAAAAGUAGACAGUGAAACCUUGUUAGCCUGGACACUCUGCUUUCCGGACAAGUCUGUUGGGAACAUCUCCACUUAUGCAGCCUUCAAAAUUCACGUUAGUCCGCUAGCCCAAGACUACUUAAUUGUGCUGAGGACAAGCAAAAAUCCAAUGAUGGUAGUCAUUAUUGACUAGAAGCAUUUGAGGGCUAUAAUUCUGAACCAGCUACAAACUGGAACUGAGUAAAACUGACAAAAAAAGUAAACAUAAUAAACAUUUCAAGAAGGACAAGCUACAAACUCUGAGGACUUGUGUAAUAAGGUUUAUGCUAGUCAUCUGGACAUGUCUGAAAAAGGAAUUUUAUAAGGCUGCAUAUGUAGAAGAAAUUGCUCUUGAAGAGAGAUUUGUUAAUCUGGAAAUUUGUUUAUCGACACGAUGCUAAUUAACAGGUUUGACUAUUCUUCUUUAUUCUCUGCAAGGUCCAUUGUGGGAGUCACAAUCUGGGUAGACACACAUCGUAUGACACAUAGAAAUAUUCUCCCACCAGCCGCUAGUGCCUACCAUCUAUCUAUAGCCAUAGACUGUCUUAUAUGUGUAUGAUCUAACCACAGUUAUGUGAUUGUAAUUUGUGUGAUCCAUAAAUAUAUGUGUGACUAAAGAUUUUUUUACAACCUGACCUAUUUUUGCCAUAACAUUAUGUACACUUAUACAGGUAUUUGAACCACAGAGAAUCUGGUUACAUUAUAUUUUAUCCAUCGAUGUCUUAUGAACCAACACUAUCCAUGGUAUCUAAGCACAUAUAUUAAUAUAAAAGUGAUAUCUCUGACAAACUUUGAGACAAACAUAAAAUUAUUGAAAUGAUUAGAAUCUAUUUUUUUCAUCUCACGAAAUUAUACACAAAUAAAAAAUAUGUAUUUUUUUUAAAUGGGGUAAAUUUCAAUGAUUUCUUUAUGUUUUAUAUAUACAAAAUGAUAACAAAUCUACAAUAUAAUACUGAAUAUAAUCUUUUUUUUCAUUUACUAUUUUUUAUACUGUUAUUCAGCAUUUUUUAUAAACUUCUUUCUACAUGUUAUCUAUCGGCCAUGAAAAGUAAAUAUCUUUCUCUCUUUAUAGUAAUUUGAUGGCAAUAAUUUACCAUGAUGCUUCUGAAUCGUUACAGAAUUCCCAUGUUUAAUUACACAUGGACCAACUACUAUUGACCUGUUUUGUAUGUGCUUCAUUAUGUACAUUAUUUUUUAUAGUUGUAUAUUGUUUGUGUACACACUGCUGUAGAUAUACAUUGUAUAUAGAUAUUCACAAUUGGAUUAUAUAAAUCAUAUUUACAUCUUUAUGUUAAUAAUUUUACUAAUCAAAGUCUUUGAUCUGUACUUGUCCCAGGGUAACGAAACAAAAGAAGUUUCACAAUCAAGUAAAGCUACUAUUGGCUGUUUAAGAAUUUAUUUCCAGAUCUGAUGAAAAAAUUCAUGUCUGAACAUGACAAUCCAUGUUUUUCUCGCAGUGAAAAACUAUACAUAAUGAAAAUACAUUAAAAGUACCAUUUUCCAACUCUUUGGGAAUUAAACUUGAAAGAGGAUUACUGGGUUUAAAAAAAAAUUUAAUCUUUGAAUUGGAUUUUAGUAAAUAAAAAUUUAAUCUGUAAACCAACUGUUGUAAACAAUGUGGAUUUUAAGAUGACUUAGUUGCAUGUACAUACACAAAUGAGCUUAGUCGAUGUCUGGUGGGACAUGCAGGAAGAACAUCUUACGAAUGUCAUACUGUCUCACUCGAUAUCAGCAUCUCUCUGUCUGUGUGAUGCGUUCACAACAUUUUCAUGUCAUCAAAUUUGCCAAAAUCUGCGUAUGAUAUACUACGUUCGACGAGAACAGUUAUCAUCAUAUUGAAUAUGUCAACCUCGAAAUAUUUGUCAAUCAAUGAAAUGCUGAAAAUAAAUAUCAAAAUUAUC